CAAGAGUAAUGAAAUAGGCAUAGGGCGAUUUUCCGCAGCGUAUUGGGCAGACCCCAAGUGCUAGCGCAGAGACGGCGCAUCAAAAAACUUUCAGCCAUGGAUAUUUCAAUGCACCUAAAUUUUUUUCGAUGCAGUUCUCUUUGCUGUGGACCGUAUCACUUUGUCGCAGUUCAUAGAAGUGAUUUAUAGGCUUGCGCCGAGAAAAUGUCACAUUUGCAGAUUCCAUUACUCAACAGCAUCUAUUUUUCCUAAACUUCAGUCCGGCUACAGAAGAGUGGGGGGACUUCUGUUGUUUUUUCGGCACCUAGCCUACAACACGAAGUGAGUUGGUGGCCAGAGGUGCUGCAGCUGGAGCCACCCUGCACCGCUGGAGCUUCCAGGAAUGACGGGGCCAACCCACCGCAGCCGGCCCCCUCGCAGCACCUGACCUGAGUCACCUGACCUGACUCACCUGACCCAUCAUGGAGCUCAAGGUCUGGGUGGACGGGGUCCAGAGGGUUGUUUGUGGGGUCACCGAGGCAACCACCUGCCAGGAAGUGGUCAUCGCUCUGGCUCAGGCCAUAGGCCGCACUGGGCGCUAUACACUGGUGGAGAAAUGGCGGGACACAGAGCGCCACCUGGCCCCCCACGAGAGCCCCGUGGCAUCCCUCAACACCUGGGGCCAGUAUGCCGGUGACGUCCAGCUGAUCCUGCACCGCACGGGCCCCUCCCUGACCGAACGGCCCCCCUCCGAGGGUCCCCUGCUCCGGGGCCCGGAGCGCAGCCUCCACCGGCAGAGCCUCCCGCCGCUCGCCAAGCUCCGCCACCCCAGCGAGCACGCCCUCUAUCGCCGCGAGCCACGCCGCAAGUCCCUGACCUUCACCGGUGGGCCCCGGGGCCUCCGAGACAUCCUGAGUGGAGGCCGGGCAGGGGAGGGGAGGGAGUUCGAGACCAAACGACGACUCCUACUCCAGGGGAACGGUGGGAACCAGAACCACCACCACCAUGCAGCAGCAGCAGCCACAGCGGUAGCCCCAGGAGGGGCAGUGUCCCCUGGCAUGUGGGCCUGCCGCAUGGAGGACCUGGUCAGACUGGUGGGGCUCCAGAGAGAAACUCUUGGCGUGCUGGAGAAGAGGCUGGAGGCCUACGAGGCUGAACUGCAGACCUGGGGUGGACGAGGAGGCGGAGGGGGAGAGGAGGCCAGAGGAGCAGGGGGGCUGAUGGAGGAGAUAGGGAGGCUGGAGAGACGACUGAGGAAGAACGAGGUGGAAAUGGAGGAGGAGGAGUUCUGGGCCAGCGAGCUGCAGAUUGAGCUGGAGAGUGAGAGGCAGCUGGAGGACAGGCUUGAGGAGCUGAGAGGGCGUCUUCAGUGCGCUGAGGUCGAGCUGGGGGACAGGAUGGCUCUGGUACAGGGUGUAGAGGCGGGUCUGGAGGAGGAGCGUCUGCAGAGGGAGAGACAGGAGACUCAGAGGGUGAGCGAGGUGGAGGCCAGGGCGCAGGUACUCAGGGCCCGCACGGAGCUCAAGGCCCAGGACAGACAGUCUGUCCAGCUGGAAAGCAGCUGCAGAGCCGUGGACAGGUCCCUCGGCCAGAGUGGCAAGAGACUGCAGGACAUGCAGCAUGAGCUGGAGCAGCUGACCAAGGAGCUGAGACAGGUCAACCUGCAGCAGUUUAUCCAGCAGACUGGCACCAAGGUCACCGUGCUGCCAGCCGAGCCCAGUGAGGACGAAGAGGGAACUACCCACACCGGACAGGGCACAGACUUAGUUCCUCUGUCUGGUUCCCUGAAGCGUCCCGUCUCCUUUCACCCGAUGCCUGGUCACCUUCGGGUCCUGCACAGUCCGCUGACAUCUGGCCUAAACCCAGAAGGGAUCUACGUGUAAGAGAAAAGAGGACACGCUUGGGGUGACUGUGUUCCCCUGCUAGCUGGACCCCUGAAUACCACCUUAAAGGUAGCCUGGUACCACUAAGACCUGAUCCCAGAUCUGUGUGUACUUUAGCCAACUCCUCAACACCCAGUCACUCCUAGUCAAAGAAGUUGGCUAAAUACAGAUCUAGGACCAGUCCUAAAGGAUCCCUGUGAUGGGACAUCCAAGUACAGGAUACCUCAGUAGCACUCUCCGGUCCUUGCUCUGUUCUGUUACCUACAUAACAUGGAGAACAGGAACAAUUAAAUAGAUUAUAUGGUUAUGUCUCCGACAUGGGCCAACAUAUGACGAUGAUAGCUCCAAUGAUGAAGGAAAAACUAUGGGUAACCUAUCUGACUGCAGGGUGCUUGAAUGGACAAACAGAGAUAGUUGAAAUAAACAAUAUAGCAACAGACAUGAGCACCGUGUGUCAUAACCCAAAUGAUUUUCUCUCUAUGGAAACCUUGGGACUAAAGGUGAUGCGUCAUUAUCAUCAUCAGCAUCAUCAUUGUUUUCAUCCCUUUAAAGCAUAUGCAAUUACUUUAUUAUCAUUUUAAUUAAUAAAGAUGUAAUGUAGCUACAUUUGAAACAUUAAUAUUUAAUCCAUUAUAUCAACAUACAGUAAAGAGGUUCGAUACUAUUUUUUAUGAAUGUUUGCAUUUUGGAAGAUAUCGCUCCAAACUGAAAAUCUUGCAGUUGAAAUCUGUGAACUAUAUAUUUGAAGAGUUUAGUGAUUCUGUGGUAAAUAAUUGUAUUUUAUCCAGUGUAUUGAUUGAUGUAUGGACUGCAUUGAGUCAUGGAUGAGAUGUCUAUACGGUGGCCCUAUGGGGCAAAGUAGCUUUUAAAGGAUGUCUGUUUCUGAAGCAUUUAUACUGCAUCUGUAUCAUAUCAAACUUUGACCGUCAGCUCACAACAACCAACAGGCAGACUGUUUCUGCUCUGUUCCGAUUGUCAUUAUACACUAUGCACAGUUAUACAACCAAUGGUUCAGGGCUUUGUUACUGAAGAAAGGGUAGAUGUUAGCCUAUGAACUGUCCAAAAGUGCUGAUAUGUAAAUUAUUGUCAAUGCAUAUAUACGAUAUGUGAUAUGUCAACUGACAUAUUAACUUAUUGAAAUAGUAGAAUACUGUAGAUAGUAUAAAGUUUGGUCACCGUUCACAUUUAUUUCCAAUUGCUGAGGAAGAAGCAGAACUGUGUAUGUACACUUAUGCAGUAUUGUUAAUGUAACAGUAUCAAAUGAACCGAAAGUGUUAGUUUUCUCGUCUAUCUUGUGUUGAAAAUAUAUAUUACUUUGCCAAAAUGUUUAAUCUUAUUAAUCUGUAAAGAAAUGGGGCCAAAGAUUAGAGGUCUUAUUGCAUGUGUUUGUUUUUCCAAGUAGCCAUAUCUGAAUACUUAUUGAAACCUAAAGGCUCGAUUUAAUCCAUAGCGCUGACCUGUGAUACAGCUCGAUAGCAAUUUAAAGGCAAUGUUUCUGCAUUCGAGAAGACUGCAUUCACGGUAAAUGCUGCAUAUGUCGGCUCAAUUGGAAAUUACCUUUACUUUUCAAUCAUGCUACAGUGCAGAGCUUCAGCGCUAUGGAUUAAAUCGAGCCCUAAGUGACAGUAAAACAACUUUUGUAAGAUCCUAAGAGGGAGUGGUUUGGCUCAAUUGGCAUAUAUGCAAAACUAGACUGGUCCCAGGGCCUGUAUUCAUAAAGCAUCUCAGAGUACAAGUGCUGAUCUAGGAUCAGUUUUUAUCUUUUAUAUCAUAAGGAAUAUGAAUACAUAGAAAGAGGAGACCCAUACUCUGAGAAGCUCUGUGGAUAAUGACCCAGAUCUGUUUUUCCUGUCUUGCCAAUUCCUUGGCAUGACAAUGACCAGAGGAGUUGCCAAAACAGCACAAACUGACCUGGAACCAGGGUAAUGCAACACCACACCACUAACUAUAACACCACUGACUAAACAACACUCCAUUUUAGUUUUUGUGUUAAAGAAUUGAUCAAAUGAACCAAUUUUUACAUGAUGUAUACAAUAGUUGCCCUCAUUGUACCGAACACCUCUUAUUGGUUUUGAUAAACGAAUGGUUCACUGCUACUCAGCUUUUAAUAAGUUCUUAACAAGUGCCUUAUACUCAUACUUAUUUCUGCAUAUACUGUAUACAACUAAUGUAAAGAUUUACCGGGUAUUAUUCCAACAAUGACCCUGCUCUGUUCUAUCCUGGUCCCAGAUGUGUUUGUAGUCUUGCCAAUUCCUAUAGUCAUUGUUACGCCAGUGACCAUAGGUGUUGGCAAUACAGCACAAACAGAUCUGGGACCAGGCUAGCUCUGUUCAUUGUGCGAGUAAGAUGUUUAUGGAAGAAACAGGUAGUUUGACAUUUAUUUAUGAUAGAUACUUACCAUAAUUGGAUCAUUUAUUUCCCGUUUAAGGUAAAGUCGGUGGCUGUAUACAGUGCCUUGCAAAAGUAUUCAUCCCCCUUGGUGUUUUUCCUAUUUUGUUGCAUUACAACCUGUAAU